UGUUGAUAAGCCUUCUGAAUUUUCUGAAUAUACUACUGAAGAAGACAAUAUUUCAGGUAGUAGUAGUAAUAGAAAUGAAUUGGAUGAUGGAGAAACAGAUGAUGAUAAAAAUUACGAAACAUUUGAGAAUUAUGCAUCAUCUGAUUAUAAGCUAUUUCAGGACCCACCAGAUCUAGGAUCAAUAAUUGAUAACUGA